AUGAACUCGGUGGCGGCAAGGGAUUCGGGUGAAGGUUAUGAACGGGAACCUGGAGUGGGCGCUGACGGUUAUGCAGAGGAAGAUGACGUCGAGUGGGAUCGAGAGGAUGAUAAAGCGGGAGCAAACGCACCACCUCAAGAACUCCGAGAAGCGCAUCUUGGCCCGCAAGAAUCUCGAACAGAAACUCCGAUCUCAAGACCUCGCUCGCAAGCUCAAGGCCGUCCUCCUCAAGAAAGUCAGAGGCCUGUGAGAAUAUCGUUCGAGCAGAUGCUGGAUUGGCAUUUACCCUUUUUUUGUUCUAGAAUUUCACAGCUAAAUACAGCACACUCUUUUGAUUUCCGCUGCGACUGUAGUUUUUAUAGACAAGUUAGUUUUUAUUGAUGAGUAAUUUACUCAGAUUCUUCGAAGAAAUUAUUUGUCAUUUGAGAGAUGUUACGUAUCAUUCAAGCUCGAGUAUAAAUUUUCCAUGUCA